AACCACCUUAACAAAGAACGGCCACAUGCGCUCAUGAAUCUGUUUCAGAUACAGGAAGAAUAAUGAACAUUUGAAUAAUGGGACUUUUACUGUUUCGUGUGUGUCUUGUCAUUAACGCAUUUAACAUCGCAACAGAAAAUCCGGUUACAACGAAACCUUAUCGAUUUCCUGUUUAUCCUGUUAACGAAUGUCCCAGAAGCGAAGAUGAGUUUAAAACAGCAACACAAAGAAGAAAUUGCACAAAAGGGUUCAGAUAUAUGUGUGCCCCCAAUAAGUACCUAUCAUCUCUAAUAGAAUUUUGCACAGACCAACCAAAAAGUCUUUAUCAAAAAGGUAACUGUGUAAUACUGGAAGGUACAGGUGACCUGGAUCAUUACAGCUGUGUGGAAAAAUUCAAUAGUAGCUGUCCUUUGGAAUUUUAUAAUGACGAAGAGAUCUAUAAAUAUCCAGCGUGCCUAGAAAUUGAUAGGGAGCUCCGGUGUUUUGCUGCUGAUAACGGUUGCAAAAAAAGAGAAUUUCAUACUACAGAAUCUCAUGGAUGGCUUGCAAUUGGUUACAUAAUUGCAACUGCUGCAGUUUUAGCGGUGAUAAUACUAAGCUGGAUCAUUUUUCAAAAAAGAAAAAGGGAGCAAGUUCAGGAAUGUACAGAUAAUAAUGAAAAUGAGUCUUUACUAGAAGAUAACCCGGAAAUAGAUGAUAAUAAACUCCGACAGUUCCUAAGUAAAGGCGAGAUUACUGUUUGCCAUGUUAGAUGCAUCAUAGUUGGUUGUGGAAAAGCGGGGAAGACGACUCUUUUAAAAAGAUUACAAAAUGUUUCCUUUGACGAAUUGAUGCAGAUUGAACGGACAGAAAUGGUAGAUUUCCACGUUAACAGUUUUGAGGUUCUGUUAGAAGAGGAAACUAUUCAAAGUGUAGAAAAAGAAGACACAUUACCAACAAUUUUGUUUUCGAAAGAAAAACUGGAGAUGCCACUCAAAGAAAAUGAUGGAAAAAUGGCAAAAGAAACACACCAACCAGGUAUCAGGAAAAAAAAUGUUUCUCAGAAAUCUUCACUGAAAAAUACAACACUUAAAAACCAAGCCAUCAAAGAUAAUGCAGAAGAUGAGGAGAAAUUGAUAUUCGAACCACACUCCCAAGAUACAACGAUUGUUCAAAACCAGUUUUCCCCUGAACCGAAUGAAAAACAUGGCGAGGACAUUGAUGCAAAUGUAGAUAAAAUCGAUUUUGAAAAGUUUGCUAUUUUAAAAAUAAAAGAUGCUGUGAAUGAGUUAUUAAAUGAAAAAGAUUUGUGCCCGCGAAUAACCUUUUUAGAUUUUGCAGGACAAAGUAUGUACUAUGCUUUUCACCAAAUAUUUCUUCGUCCUAAAUCAUGUUCUAUAUUGGUUGUGGAUAUGACGAAAAGUCUCUAUGACAAAGUUAGUGAUCAGGAUGAAAAUGAAAAGGAAUAUAGCCAAUUUGCCUCAUGGAGUUACAAAGACUAUUUCAAAUUUUGGUUGAAGUCUAUUGACAGUUUUAGUGAUACCGAGUCUCCAGUAAUAAUUGUAGGCACUCAUGCAGAUAAAUUAUCAAAAGAAGAAUGUCGCAAAUUUCUUAAUAGUCUCAAUGAACUCUUUGAUAAUUGGUCUCAUUCUGGUCUUAGAAGACAUCUUAAUGAAGACCGAAUGUAUACAAUAGGUUUUCCGGAUUCAGGAUCAGAAUUGGAGGAUUUAAAGGACCUAAAAAAAUGCAUUGCUAAUAUUGUGAAGUGCCCUCGUUAUUCGAAAGAAAAUAUUCGACCUGUCUGGGCAUUAUUUGAACAUAUAUUGAAUAAAAUGAAAGAAACUGAAAAAGUAAUUCCACGGAAAACAUUAUCAGAUUACAGUGACCAAUUAAGCGCUCAGGAAUUUAGGAUAGACGAGUCAGAAAUUUCUAAAAUGUUGGUCUUUUUUCACAGAGUUGGUGUUCUGUUAUACUUUGAUAAAGAUGGUUUGAGGGAAAAGAUUAUUCUUGAUAUCCAGUGGCUCAUUGAUGCAUUUAAGUGUAUCAUUGAAUACCCUGUCAGAACAGAGGAAAACGAUAUGAAGCGUAGGCAUUUUUGUCGCACUGGUGAAUUAGACAGUGUAGAACUUGAUAGAAUUUGGCAUAUCCAGGGAAAAGAUUUCCUGAAGCACAAAACGACAAUAAUAGCAUAUAUGCAACAGCUGGGAUUAUUGAUGCGAUUGAAAGAAUUGCAUUUCAUUGACUCUACUGUGUAUUAUUUCCCUAGCAUGAAUAGUAAAAGGUUUGACAAGACUGGUGAGAACAAUGCAAAGUCCUCUAUCCUCUGCUUCAAGUUUGAUGAUGAAAUGCAGCUUCAAAUUAAUGUUUUUCAUGGCAUAGUUUUAAAAUGUUCCAAACUAAAUAAUUGGUCCAUAUUGACAGAAGGAGCAAAGAAUAACAUUUGUCUUUACCAAAAUGCAGCAUGUUUCUCUUUCCAAAAACAUGUAGUGGUUUUAUGCAAUUGCAAUUUUGAAAUUCGGGUGCAGGUCUGGGCAUCGCCAAAUAUAUAUGAUGGAAGACUACUUAAAAAGAUAAAACAUUCAGUCGAGGAUAUUAUACACGAUGACGACCUCUCUUAUGAAAUUGGUUACAAAUGUCGAAAAGAUGUGCUCAAUAUUGAAGAAGACGUAUCAUUUAUUUCCCAUAGUAUUUUUCCUGUCUCUAAUCAUUUAUGUGAAAUAUGUGAUAUUGAUAAGAAACAUGUAGUGGAUAAUGAUAUAUGCUGGGAACUUGAAGUGAAUGAUGAAAAUCAAGGUAAGUAACAAUAUUG